UGCCACAGAUUAAAGAUCAAAGGACUGUUUUUACGCACGAUGUAUAUAGGCCUACGAUGUAAAGGACAAAACGUUACAAACCUCUUCAGGCCCCUAAAAACACAAGUUAAUGAAAAUUGAAAUAGAAUGUUCAAAAUUGUGAUUGCUGCAGUUCUCUUAUCUAGUUGCAUGGGCCUGGGCCUGGCCCUGUCUACCUGUUCGAAUGACGUUUUCUCAAGUUUUGAUGGUGCAAGGAAUUCAUGGUUAUAUUGCAAAUACCGAGUUUCUGUGCAAUGGUGCUGUAUUUUCGAUGGAACUCUUGACCAUUUGCUAAGCCCAACUAAGAGCUUUUACAGCAAAACAACAAUACUGUACAGACUGAAACUAAAUGAAACUGUAACAACGAUUCCUACGACUGGUGUCAACGUAGAGGAGGUGUCCCCAAACAGGAAUGUGAAAUUUACAAUAUUGGACGUUGGGACUGCAGUCAAGUAUCAUUACAUUUGGAGGCACUACUUCCAGGGCACAGAAGGACUGAUUUUCGUUGUGGAUAGUGCUGACAGUACCCGGUUUGAGGAGGCUAGAGAAGCACUGUUUGACAUUCUCGAAAGCCGAGAAAUGACUAGAGGUGUGCCGGUCUGCGUCAUCGCAAACAAGCAGGACCUGCCUGGUGCGCUCUCGCCAUCGAGAUUGGGAGAUGCUCUUUCCCUCAACAAAUUGCACGGAAACCCAUGGCACAUACAAGCAGCUCAGGCAACGACCGGUGAGGGGCUCUACGAAGCUGUGGAUGAACUGGCAAGAAUGAUCAAGAAAAAUAAAACAAAGCGUUGAUUAUCUAAAUUAUUUUUACUAAAAGAAUUAUCGACCAAAUUUAGAUCGUUUAAAAACACUGCGACCUAUACAUGAAAGAAAAAAAGAAACUGUUAUGUAUUUCAAUAAGUAAUUAAAUUUAAACUGUAAAUAGAUAUAAAAAAAUAUUCUCGUUAAUUAGCGAAAUUUCAAAUAAUAAUAUGAGCUUUGCUGCUAGAAAAUUUAAGGAGUAAAUAAUUGAUAAAUGAUGUAUUGCUUUGAUUUGUGACUUACUGAAAACUAAUGAUUUGUGGUUCUUUUUAACGAGCAAUUCUAGAUUAUUUUUUAUUAUCUCUUUCUUUUUUCUAUAUUAUUGUAUUUCUUAUGUUAAGUUAAUUAGAAUUGAUAUUAUUUAAAGUUGAAAAAUCAUACUGUGUAGUUAAAUGUGAUUACUCAGGUCCUACAAUUCAAUUUAAUAAACAUUUAUUUUGUACUCUCAUAAAAACAACAGAAGUAACCAAGGAUUACACAUAAGAAAACAAUUUCUGUCGGUGAGUACUCCUUAUAAAAAAAAAAACCAUGCAAUUAUCAAAAACAGUAAAAAAAAAAAAAAAACCUAUUGGUUGAUCAACAAAUACAUUGCUAAUAAUCAACCUCACAUGUACAUAUAAAUAUUAUAGUAGAUUUUUUAAUAUUAUAUAUAUAUAUAUAUAUUGUAUGGUUGUAUGGAGUUAUAUUGUGUGGAACAUUUGUGGACAACGGUAUAUUUUUCGAUCAAUCGAUUAUUCGAUUGGUCUUUCACAGCCUGUUUUAUUCCAUAAUCGUUUGUAUUUCCUUACCUGUUUUAAUUUUUCUAAUAUUUUGCAAUGUUUUCGGAAUUACAUGGCCAUCCCACUGCUGGUCAGUUUGUAGGCCUCGUUAUAAGCUAAAUACUAAUACAUUCCUUAUCAUCCUGAUUGAGAUAGAUUUAGUUUCGAAGUUGAGGUUCAGAAUGCACUGUUAGAUAUUCAUUAUUAAAUGUUAGUUCAGAUGAACAAAAAAUGCCAACUGGUUUAAUCUAAAUUUAGUUUAGAUUAUACUAUUUCUCAGCUGCAAAUAUGUUUUACAAUAAUCGAAUAAAGAAUGAUAUUUGAAAAUAAAUCAUUAAAUAGUGUUUGCUAAUCCAACACCAGGUAAUGAUUAUUGUGUAACUGUACAUUAUAUAAAACUCGAUCAAACACAAAGUUGUUGUUGUGGUCCGGAGCAGCAGUAGUUUGGUUGCCAACAUUCGCCGAAGUAACCCAAAGUCGAUGACUGAAAGUGUGGUUUGUUUAAAUACAAACAGAGAAACAGGUUUUCAUUCGCUAUGGGUGUUUGUACUGUAUUGAAAAUAUAAGCAAAAAAAAA